GUUGUGGUAGUGGUGGUGGUGGUGAUGGUGGUGCACAGGUGGAUUCUGUACAGCGAGGAACACUACAAGGGCGAGAACGUGACAGUAUUUUUUGGUGAAGAUGUGGCGUUAAAUAUACAUCACGUGGGGUCUGCGCGGUAUGCUGGCAACGCGCGGGCUAAGGUGUUUCCAGCGCUACAUUUGUACGAAGACACGUGGUACAGGGGCAGGGAGCACGUGGUGGAGGUAGGGCCCGAUGAGGGUGACCUUGUGUUAAUACCGAAUUUUAGAGAUUUUGGUGUAAAUGCGCGGUCCAUGAUAGGUGUGGGCGCCGACUGGACGGUCUUCAGCUACCAGAACUUCGUUGGACCAAACUGCACGUGUUUAAAGGCUACACAUUUCUCUAUGUCAACUUACGAUGGUGAUGACGCAAUGAUGACAGCCUUCUUCCACCCCGACCUGCACGCCCACGCCCCCGCACGCCCCCUAGCCCCCGUGGGUAGCGCUAUUCUUGGCUGCGACGUUCCCAUGAAGAGGUACUGCGGUAAGGUGCCGUGGGAGCGUGCCUGGGUGCCCCCUUGUCCCGUCUUGUCUCGUGGGGUGUCCCUGUGUUAGGGUGGUGGUGGUGGUUGUGGUGGUGGUGGUGGUGGUGGUUGUGUUGUUAUUAAAAGUACUACUACUACUGCUACUACUACUACUACUACUACUACUGCUACUACUACUACUAUUAAUUUUACCGUAAUUCUUGUAUUUGUGAUUAAGUUAUUAUUGUUAUUAUUAUUAUUAUUAUUAUUACGAUUGUAAAUGAAGGAAUAAACAAAUAAUAACAAUAAAUGAAAUAAAAGCAAGAAAUAUCUAUAAACGCCACAAAUU